AUGUCUGAUGCAACAGGCCUCGUCUCAGGGGGAACAUCUGAACUCAAGGUUGUUGCUCCCCCGCCUCCGAAUGUUGGAUGUAACACGACGGAGCCGAACGUCGAUUUCUUCUUUUCGCUUGAUUCUGAGCUAGAGCAGUGCAAGCCUUACCCAUUUACCCUAUACACCAAUGCUACCCAACCUAUCACAAUCAUAGGAGCUGUUCCAGGAGGGCAGUCGUUUGUCCUUCAUCCUCCGGAGGGGUCAUCGUACAACUGGACCGCCAACGUUGCUGCCGGGACACCCAUCAUCUUUACCAUGAUUGACUCACUGGGUCGUAAUGGUGGUACCGCAGACAUCAGGCUUGUACGGAUCUCAAAUGAUACGUCCUGUCUGGGUACCUCUGUUACACCUAUACCUUCCACCAGUGGGCCCAGGAAACUAUCUGCUGGCGUGAUUGCAGCUAUAGUCAUCUGCGUGGUACUUGGGUUGGCCUCUCUGCCCAUUGUCGCGAUCCUGUUCAUUCGAUAUGAACGAAGACGGUCGGCUCAGAACGAUCCUCGUGCUUCGAAUCAUGUCAUCGACCUUACGGGAGGGAUGUCCAGCGCAGCCUCUUCCGUACGACCGGGGAUAAACUCUGCGCAUGAGCAGUCGUCGGUGCAUACACCUCAACCUCAGCCCUUCAUGCUGACGACACGGGAAACAGUCCGUUCAAUCACGCCAUCAAGCACCCCCAACCGUACCCUCUCCAAGGUGUCUCAGCCCAGAGUGGACAGCGGCUCCACUGUCCUUGGAUCAACGAUUAGAAGCGGUGGUCCUAGCAGGACAAGUACCCAGCAUUCACGCGUCAUCAUACAUUCAGACAUGGAGGAGAUGGAUGAUAUGGAGCCAGGGGAGGUAGUGGAGCUCCCUCCUCAAUAUUUUGACCGACGGGGCAACAGCGGAUAUACGUCCGUGGAAUCUUCAUCGAGGGGUACUAGCUUCAGCAAGAGGGCCCAGAUGAUACACAACCAAUGA